AUGGUUUUGCGAUAUUUUGCUCGAUCGCAACUACUGUUGGUUAGUUGUUUGUGGUGUUUCAUGCUGCUGAGCCCCACUGUACAAGCAGCCAAACCUCGAGGAUCCAUUGGGAUUCGUCGCCGUGAGGCAAAGGAAAACAAGCGUGAUCCUGAAACAUCUUCUCCCACGGCAAUCCCAACCGUUAUUCCUACAGCCUCUCCCUCUAUUGAAACGAACCCACCAACAAUCCGACCAACCAAAGCACCCAAAAAAGAGCAAACUGAGGCACCAACUCAACGGCCAACGUCUCAGCAAGCAUCUCGACCAACGUUUCAAUUGCAUACGGUGAAUCCCACUCUUAGUUUUGAGUCAUCCAUCAGAAGUCUCACACCAUUUGUGUUGGAGCUCAGUGAAUUUCCCAGAAACGAAACUGCUUUUAAUCAACUUGUAGAAAGGUAUCUUUAUGUUAGCAUGAAUGCAGCGAUGGCAACUUUGGUGAAUGUUGAUUUGCAAGUUUUGAACACGGACCGAAAAUUAACAGGAUUGCAGGUGAAGAGUAUCCGAAUGUAUCAUGGAUCUGUCACUAUUCGUGAUCCUUCGGUGAUGGAACCAUCUGCAAAGAGUGCCCAAACAGCCGCCCUUGAAGAUAUUGCCACUCUAAAUCAAUUCGUUUCAAGCUCGGACAUUGAUUUAUUGAUCACAAGAGUCCAAGUCGGUGACCGGGAUCCAGUGUCGAUUGAAGCGCAAAAACAAAAUGACGCGACAUCCAGCAGCCCAACACCAAACAUUGGACUGAUUGUUCCAGUGUCGAUUGCUGUCUUGCUCAUUGUGGCAGCAACUUUCAUGCUCGUUCGCUACAGACGAAACAAACCCCCAGCAUCACCACCUCCCUAUGUCUUUGAAGAAGAUAGUGAUUCCUCAGUAUCGCUGGAUGAAGGCAUUCCAAGAUUUGGCAAAUCAAGAACGAUAGAGAUAGAAACAGAAACAGAGCAAACAUCACCCAGCGAACGAGCUUCGCUGCGCAGAUUGUCGUCUUCCAAAUUUAUGAUUCAGGAGUGUUUGGCGGGGGGCGGUAUGGAAGUAGUGCAAUUGGAUUCAGACGGAGAAGACGACCGAAUUGUCCAAUUGGCAUCCAUCCCAAUGAUGUCCCCGUCGCAAAGUAGCAUUGCCAGAAGCCAUAGUCCAAGCUCCAUGUCUGUAUUUUCCAAUUCCAACGACUCUACAGCACUGCGAUCUUCGGCAAUGCGCUUUGGUAGAAGUCGAGCAGUCGAAAGUCAUACCGACAACAGUUCGGCUCAGCUGACUCUAGACUCUACGAAAGUAGUUGGAGCACUAUCUAUGCUGGCUUCUUCUUCUGAAAGUUGUACAGACGAUUCUGCCGAUGAAGGUGGAGGUUACCGAUAUGGCAGAAUGGAAGAGCCAAACGAGGAUAUAUUUGUUCGCCGAGAUACAACUCGUGUUUCUCCAAGUCGUACAGAUUCACAAAUGCAUCAAAUCAAUUGUACCAAAUCGGAGGAAACCGAGAGACGGUUCAAUCCUCCCAACAAGUGGCUUGCUCCACCAAGACAGCCUCCUGUAACUCCACUCGAUGACUUGCUGGAUGACUUGCUGCGGUCAGAUUCCUCUACAGUGGCGGAUACCUCUGCAAUGGCUCUAGAAAGUGUGUUGAAUCCUGUUCGACACACCGAGGAAGCUGGCAAUCGACCAAUUGAAGUGUUUGUCGACAGCGAUAGCGCCUCUCAAAUCUCCGAACCUGAAGAGGAAGAUUACUCUGCAGAUUCCGAAGAUGGCAGUUCUGAGGCUCCACAGUUAUUACUGAAAUCUGUGGGGUCCAUUCGUUCAGCCGACAGUUUUAGCUCGCAACAAUCUGAAAGUAAGACAAACCUUCCCUCCCCGUUGAAUCUAAAUCAGAAACUAUUCGGGCGUAAUUCAAAUGAUCAGGACCAUGAGCCGGAUGCGAAGCCACGAAUUGUCUCACCUACCACAUCAAGUCAUGAGAAUGCUUCAGACGAAGAGAACGAUGCCCCUUCAGAUGAAGAAACUAGGUUUCUACAAAAUCGCGACUCGUUUGAAUAUUCCCAGACUGGCUCGGUUCACAGCGAGCGAGAUAUCUUUGACGAAAGCACUUUAUUUCCAACUCUCAACUCCACUAUGGACAGCAUUAGUUAUUCGAGUUCAAGUGUUGCGUCCCAGGAUUCAUCCUCUCAAUUCGAUCCAGUCUUUCUGGAACAGCUCAAGUGGGAAAAGCGGAGAGCCAAGGCUGCAACUCGCAAGUUGAAAUCGGAGGAGAACCAAAUUUCAUUCGCCAUGGAUUUAUAA